UCAAACUUUUUCUUUGACACCUGUAGAUUUUAAUAACGUCCGUUUCUCCACUUUUCCGAUACUUUAUUUAAAAUUCGAUCGAGUUUUCGUAAUUUUUGAAAACUUUUACUUUUUUUUUGUUUAUCGCUGCAAAUGGUGAAUUUAAUAUAUAAAUAUAUUUUUUUCUGUUAAUAUCUAUCUAUAUAUUGACUAUGUAAGAAUGUCUUAAAGAGAGAGAAAAUAUUCCGCUUUAACAUUCUCCCGUUCGCCGCCGGGAAAAGUUUCCGUAAAGUCCUUUAGGUGGGAUACAAGUUGGCAGUCAAAAGUUCUCGUUCUCCAAACUUAUAGGCACGCGAGUCUCCUAACUUUUGGAAUCCGAAACUUUUCUUAAAAUAUUCUCAAUACAGAUAAAACAGACAAGGUACUAGCGCGACAAGGAAGGAUUACUGUGUGCUUGUUCUCGAAUAUUAAAUGACUAUUAUGGAGUUUAUUUAAAAAAAAAAACUAUAUAAGUGACUGUCAAAAACAAAAUGGCGGCUGCCAUGAUAAAAGAUCGUGGUUUGCGAAAGAAGUUAACCCAGGAAGCGAUACCCGAGAAGACACCCAGAAAGCCAUCGAAACGUAAAUCAACAGCGAGCAGUUCCAGGAACGACAAGAAGAACGAACAAAACAAUAAUAAAAGACCUAAAAUACAGACUGGGGAUCCUAAAGUUGACCUGUUCUCUAACUACCAGCCGUGGGUGAUCCAGACAUAUGGAGAUCUCGCUAAAACGAAGACGAUAACCUUGAAAAAGUACGCCAGAAUUCUAAGAACGCUUCGAGGCGAGGAGUGUAAUAGUUCAGACAGUUCAAAAUUCCGUUUUUGGGUGAAGGCGAAGGGUUUCCAUGUGGGGCGCCCAGCGGGGUACGAGGCUAAGCCAGCCGACGGGAUUGUAUGUAGAUACAGCGUGUCGGACUCCGAGGGUUGCGUCAGGACUCCAGAGGGACACGAGAUAUACACGGGCUCUCAAAACGACCCUCCGCUCUACAUACCGACGCCCCCUUUAAAGAAUGCACCAAACCAAGAACCUGUGUAUCGGAAGGUGGCGAUAGUAGAAAAUUUCUUCGAUAUCAUCUAUACUGUGCACGUUGAACUUGAAGGAAGACCAGGAAAACACGCUGGACAGAAACGCACUUAUCGAACCAUAACGGAAACGUACGCGUUCCUGCCGCGCGAGGCUGUUACACGUUUCUUGACUGGAUGUGCGGAGUGCGCUCGCCGGCCGCGGAGCGCCUCCCCGCCUCCCCUGCCGACCCCCUCGCCUUCACCCACAAGACAUCCUACAUACCUACCAUUCAUACCACACUGUGCACCAGACUACACCAGGAACUGGGAAUCAGAGAUCGAUGCAGCCCAAAACUAUUCCUAUGAACCUAAAUUCGACUAUACAGAUCUACAGCCAUUAAGAAAACCGGAAAGUCCGAAACACAUUGAUGAAGAAGAACCGACUUACAUAGAAUUGACAUCAAAGAAGAGCAACGGUUUCGACGCGACUACAAUCUUUAACAGAAGUUCUUCAGUCGAACCAUUCAGAGAAGAGGAACCGGUCCGCUCCGACCCCGAAAUAGACAAAGAUGACAGCGUCAUUGACGUAGAAGAUGUAAGGCCGGAGAGUCCACAAGCCGUCACAGAACAGAAGAAAGAAGAAGAGCAAAAGCAAGAACAAAUACCACAAGACAUCAAAACGGUAGACGACAACCAGGUUGAGAAGACUGAGUGUAAACGAGAGAAAAAGUAUAAUCCCUUGGACGUUGCUAAUUUAACGUCCAAGGAUCCGCCGAAAUCGAGGUCUCCGCCGCGGAAGAAGCUCCUGCCUACAGCUUUAGAUGCAGUCCAUUACUAUGGAAGAUAUCCCAAGCCGUGGAGACCAGACAGCAGCUUGUGUUACGGAGACGACAUCGACUACAGCGUGCCCAUCACCACGGCGUACUUGAAACACAUCAAGAUGAGCUACCAAGACAGUUUGGAGGAGAAGGACAACCUUACCCCUGAACCAGCCGACAUGACUGAUGACGACAACUUUCCCGGUCAGGGCUACGCGAAAGACGCUGAGAAGUUGAAAAUGAUGUUGCUGGCGUGGAAUUAUCACAGCCAGACGCAAGGCCGCAACGGUGAUAUAACAGAGAGCGGCCCCGACAGUAUGGCGGAUCUGUGGGCCUCUUACCACAGCGCUCUGGGGCUCGGCAGCAAACCUCCUAAGCCUCCCACUCCGCUAGCUACAGGACACUCGAGUCCAAUCCACGUCGGUCUGGGUACGCCGGUCGAGCCGGCAUCGACUCACGAUGAAACCUCGUCAUCUGAUAGGACCAAGGACGAUGAUGAUGGAGGCGCCUCCGAUGAUGACAGCGAUGACCGCGUCGAUCCCCAACAUCAUGAUCCUGAACGACUCAAGGCUUUUAAUAUGUUCGUUCGUCUUUUCGUCGAUGAAAACCUGGACAGAAUAGUUCCGAUCUCCAAACAGCCGAAGGAGAAGAUACAAGCGAUCAUAGAUUCGUGCACGCGACAGUUCCCGGAGUUCGCUGAGCGGGCGAGGAAGAGGAUCAGGACAUACCUGAAGAGCUGCAGGCGGAAUAAGAAGGUCCGCGGCGAGGGACCUGCGACCGGCAACGGGGGAAACACGCCCUCAGGGAACGCCUGGGACACAGCGGUGCGUCCGACCCCGGCCCACUUGACUUCGGUCCAGGCCGAGCACAUUCUGGCGCAGGCGUGCGAGAACGAGAGCCUCAACGCCAAACGCAUGCGACUAGGACUUGACCCUGUAAGCCAGCCCAUGCCCACUGUGCCUCAACCCAUGGCGAUCGACACCACAGCUACGUCGUCAUUCUUGAGCCUGUACAGCGGUUCGAGCUCCACCACCGUCACCAGCUCCACACACAAGGACACGCGCCCGGCGACCAGCCCCGCGCUGGAGAACACCAACAACAACAGCCUCAAGAUCGACUCCAAUGGCAACACCGGCAGCAAAACUGCGAGACUUUUGGUUCGCCGCUUUCCAAAUAAUAAUGAUGAUUGCUCUUCCAGCCCAGCCUCAUCACCAGCUCCGCUGUUUAGACCCUCGUUCCCGAAUACGUUCGGAAAUCCAUCGACUUUCGCGAGGCAGAGUUCAUCAACUAACCCGACAUCAGCUCUGUCGAGCACCGCUCUGCUGUCUACACUUACUUCUCUCCCGCCAACAGGUGUUGGAGUGAACGCAGCCAUGGCGGCCUAUCAGAGCGCUCUCCUCUCAGCCAUGGCGGCGCACACGCACACAUUCCCGAACUUAACAGCUCCGACUGAUCUGUCUCUGAAGACUUCGACGGCUCCUCUUCACACGAGUUCUCUAUCUGGAUCCAGCACUAAGUCACUUCUCUCACACAAACUGUCCAACGCCGAGGUAGGGGCUGUGAGGCAACUCAUCACGGGCUACCGCGAGUCCGCUGCUUUCCUACUACGAUCUGCGGACGAAUUGGAGGCUUUGCUGCUGAACCAGCCCUAGGACAGACCGAAAUUGUCGGACAUAUUCGGAUUCAAGUUCGGAUAUUUCUGAACAAUUGACAAGAUUUUUUUUUUUCGGCGCGAAAAUUUGACGUCUCAGUCGGCCAUGUUGGACUUUCGGCCGUGUUUAGUAAUUUGUUUGUCUAUUAUGAUUGGCGUUGGUUGAGUGCGGUCGCUGGUGAAAUCGGAGAUUUGGACGAUUAUAAUUUUAAGGUUUAAAUGUUUAAUAGUAUUUCUGUAACUGAAUUGGACAAAUAUUCUACAGCCAAAAAGAUUUUGUGUAAUUUUCCUUUACUUAACUAUAUGUCACUAACAAUGUCUUUAUUGUAAUCUUCUUAUUGUGCUUUAAUCUCGUCCUACGUGCGACCUGACAUAGGUCUAAAACUAAUAAGCCUCACAGUAUAAAACCCUAAUAUAAUCUUCUUAGCAAAAUUCUUAAUAAGCAUUCCUCAGCUGAUGACUCGAGGCUAUAUAAUAUUCUUGCAUUCUUUGUCACAUCUCUAGAAUAUCGAGUUACAAAAAAAAGUAUAUAUAUAUUCGGCGUUUAUUCAAAGCUGCCAUAUUGUAAAAAGUGUUGCCAUUCUAAACUCAUCAGAGAGUACAACAUUAUUUUGUGUAUAUUUAGACUUAAGAAAAAAAUCAGGGAGUUUUUAGUGUAAGGUCGAAAAAUUUUCUUGCCUGGUGCGAUAGAUUAGUAAUUAAAAAUUAUUAGUGGGCAGCGGAUAUUAAAAUUCAAAGUUUUGAGAAUAGAUACAUAAUUUCUUAAACCGUAAGUUUUUAGUAUAACAGAGUCUAAAAGUUAGAUUUUAAAUGGCGUUUUAGAUCUAAGAAGCACACGAAUUUAUUUGUUGUUUUGUAUUAUACUAUAGUUCGGUAGUUGUAUUUACAAACGAUUAAUAUAUUUCUAAAUAAUUAUUGCGGUAUCGUGAUUGGCUCCAUCCAGUUUUUAUUUUAAUGGUAUUAUUUUCGUGUCAUUAAAAAAAAAAAGUAUAUAAUUGUAUUUUUUAUUUGAGAGCGGUGUUGCUAGUUGUAUUUUAUAUUAAGCCAAUUAUUUCGCUUUGCUCAGUACAAUAACAAUAUUUUGAUCUUUGCGUAUACUUGUUACCAUAGACGUUAUGGCCAGGUACUUUAGGUAGGUUAACUUUAGAUAUUGCUUAUUGUGUAAUGUAUAAGUUUCAAUUUAUUAUGAAGGUCCCGGUCGGAGGUCUGUUCUGGGCCUAAUGUCUUUUUGUUGUUUCCGAAUUCCGAGGUACCUCGUAUGUUAUCCGAUGUUCCGUUAUUAGAUGCCGUAAGUACUUAAUGAAUGUUUUUCUUUAUAAUUCUCGGCCAGUUCUAGUUUCUGCAAUAGUGUUUUAGACAGUUACAAUAAUAGAUUACUUUGAUAAGUUAACUUACAUAUAGAUGAUAAUUCAAAUGAUUACAGCUUGUUUCUUUGCUAUUCGGGAACCGCGGACAUACAUUUCACCGUUCUAUAUUACGAUAACACAAUCACUACGACGUUUUUCAACGAAUCAAAUCUAUACUGGAUUCGUAAUUCAAUUCAAAUAAAAUGCAAGAGAUAACGACAUCUGUAUAUAUUUUGCGGUUCCCGAACCAUGUACAAUAGAUUUUUCCACUUUGCCAAUAUUUCUCAAUAGAAUCUAAUGCCAGUUUUUAAAAAAUUGUAAAUUCACUUUUGAAUAUUUAAAAAAAAAAAAAGAAAAAAAUUGCCAAAGAAUCGAAUUGAUUAUUAUAAUUCAUUGUCUAUAAUCAAACGAGUUUAAAUUAAGUUGGUACGUUCUAGGUUAGUAUGUUUUAGUUUUAGACCGAUAUCUAUAACUAGCGAUCUACUUUCAUAUACAUAUAACAAAUUAAUUUAAUAAGGAAUGAGGUACGCUCUCACAGAGUAUAUAAUUUGGUUGUUUAAUAGUUUCAUUGUUGAUAUAAAUUACCUCGAUAAUGUUGUUUUUAUGACAAAUUUCAAAAGAUUUUAUUACAAAGUAGCUCCUAUUUAUAGAACGUCGAAGUCAUUCCAAUAUUUUUCUAAAACUUCAUUCGGUGCGUAGUGUAGUGUAAAUGGUGAUUUGUAAAAAGUAUGUCUAUAGUAUUAUAAAGAGGGGGGGAAAAAAAGUUGAUUAAAUAUGACAGUUGAUGUUGAGACGGAAACGACGGACACGUUGAGAAUUGUUAGACGUUCAAAAUAUAUUAUUAAAGUAUAAAUGAUUUAAGAUUAUUAUUAAUUUGAUAACACAAAUUGUAAUACAAAGACGUUUGUUACUAUAUGAGAAUUUAGUUAUAAUUUUUGCAAUUUCAAAAUGUGAGUUUUACAAUUUUGAAAAAGAAAAUAUUAAAUAUGCUCAUAUAAA